UUUAUUUUUUGAAUACUAUAAAAUGCUAAAUUAUUGUGAACAUAACCUGAAAAGGCAAUAAUUAUAAGAAAAUUAGACUUAAAUUAUCAAUUGCAAUUGGAUUUGGCUCGAACGUUUAAAUAAAUGUAACCUAAUAUAUCAUUAUUAUCCAGAAAUUCAUCAAAGUAUAUACAAAUCCUUAUUCAUUCUGCUUAAGUAAUGUAUUUCAGAUAAAAAAUUAAGUUACUAAAAAAGUAAAAAUGUAUUAUCGAUUUGUAUCAGGGGUUAUCUUUAGGCGUUUUAAUUCCAACUUUCGUUUAGAGACAGUUAGAAACGUUCAUUUCUUUCCCCAAAAUUAUGGGAAGGUAAAUAAUAAGUUGAGAUGGUGUAAGCGAAAAAUGACUAUAUGGCUACAAGAGCAGAGUAUUCAAGUAAUGAAAGCUUGUACAAAACAAUUUGAGUUUAUAGCUGAGCAAAGAGUAAGAAGAAGUUUACAUAUUUUUCAUCAUUACAGAAGAAUUUGGGAUGAAGUAGGUUUACAAGAAUUUAUAAAAUUAUACAGGUUUAGAAUUACAAAGAAUACAAGGAACUUUCUUAUGGGAGCGGUCGGUGUGCAAAUGUACAAUUGGGAUGAAGAGAGAGUAUCCGAUGAAGAAAUAAAUAACUAUGCUCAUGAAAUAGAAGAAAUUUAUAAAUUACAAGAUUUGACAAUUAUUUGUCAUGAAUGUGGUUUGAGAACAGUUAUAGAUGUUAGCCAACCAAAAAUUAAAUAUUGUCAAUGUUAUAAAGUUAAUAAUACAACUAAUGUAUCAAAAGCAACGGAUUGGGAGCCAUUUACAGAAGGUAAAGAUAUGAUAAUUUGGAGAAAACAAGAUAAAGAUUCUAGAGGUCUUUAUUCUUAUAAAGUUUAUGGCUGUUUCGAUGAUGUUUCUGCCGAAGACUUUUUACAGGUUCAAAUAGAUCUAAAUUAUCGUAAACAAUGGGAUACCACGGUCAAACAAUUGAAAAUAAUAGAUACCGAUCCUUUACAGAAUGAAUCUAUGAAUAGUCGUAGCGAUGUAAUAUAUUGGGAAAUGAUUUGGCCCAGAAUGUUUGCAAAUAGAGAUUAUGUAUAUCAAAGAAAAUGGCUUUACAAUAAAGAAAGGAAUAUUGUUAUUAUUGUUAAUAAAGAAACUAAACAUCCAAGUGCCCCAAACAGAUCUGAUACAUAUAGAGUAACAACGUAUUGGUCAUUUAUGGUUAUAAAGCCAUUGAAAAGUUUUCAUGAACCAGGAGUUGAAUUUGGGUUGACCUAUUUCGAUGAUCCGGGGACAAAUGUACCGACUCUUACCACUUGGAUAAUCAUGUCGGGUCUGACAAAUUAUUUAUGUCAGAUGAGACAAGCUAUUCAAAAUUAUAGAAAAUAUAAUAAAUUACAUGUAUCUGAAGAUACAAUAUUAAAUAAUAAUAUAACAGUCGAUCAAGAUAAGAAGACCGAUACAACGUGUAUAGAUAAUAAACAAGAGGGUUGUGAAAAAUAUGAGGGAAAUAGUGGUAAUAAUAUUAAAAAAGUGACAACUGACAUAAAAGAUAGGCAAACUGAAUUUGUGGCCGUUGAUAAGUUCAGAAAUGAAAAUGAAAAUGAAAAUGAAAAUGAAAAUGAAAAUGAAAAUGAAAAUGAAAAUGAAAACAAUGAAAGUAGUGAAACAGAUUUAGCAGAAGAAGAAAAAGAAGAUCGAAGUCUACUCAACUUUUUCUUCUUAACUAAGUUAUUUGCAUAGCAUAGACAUGAAAAUGUAAUAAAUUUAGAAAUUUUGUGAAAACAUGUUUAAUGUAGGUUUUAGUUUAUAUCAAUUUUUGUUUAAAUAAGGAAACUAAUGCAUUGUGUAA